CUUCAUAAACAGGCGGAGGAGAACAGAAGUUGUAGAAGUUGUUUCCCACUUUCACUGAAACUUUUUUGUUAUCCACCGCUCAGAUGUCGACCACCAACGCGGCCUGUGAGGGGAUGUACUCCAAACUGAUAGACAAUAGUCCAUAUGAUGAUCUCAACCACAGGCCAGAUGUUGGACCCAGUGCUCACCCAGUCUCCCCAGUCAGAGUGAUACCCAGGCCGAGCGGACCCGGGCCCUACCGCCUCGCCACCAUCUGCCUGGCGACACUGUGUGCCAUCCUGUUGAUCUCCAUCAUCGCCGUCGCUUCGCAAAAUAAGAACAAACCUCAGGGCGGUGGUGAAGAGACCCCAGAGAUACAGAAGCAGACACAGGACACAAAUGUGUCGGCUCUGGUCGCCACCAUCAGCAAACUGCAGGAGGAGAAAAUGCAGCUGCAGAAAGAGAACGACGAGCUGCGGGAGAAACUGGCAGCCAAGAUGGCCACUAAAGCUCCCGAGGUGAUCAAACCGACCAUCACCCCCAUCACCUGCCCCGUGAACUGGGUUCUCUUCAGCAGCAGCUGCUACUACGUCUCCAGAGUCAGCCGGGAUUGGCCGGAGAGCAAGUCGUACUGCGAGAGCCAGGGAGGUCACCUGGCCAUCAUCCUCACAGCCGAGGAGCAGACGUUUGUGUGGGGGCUCCUUCCCCGAGGCCACUGGAACGCCUUCUGGAUUGGGAUUACUGACGAGCACACAGAGGAUCAGUGGAAGUGGGUGGAUGGCACCCCGCUGGUCGGAGGCUUUUGGGAGGUCGGCGAGCCCAACAACCACAUCGACGAGGACUGCGGCUACAUCGUGAAAACACGCGUGAUGGAGCGAGUGGCCAUCCGGAGUUGGUACGACGCCCCCUGCAGCAUGGACCGGCGCUACAUCUGCGAGAAAGAGGUCGGCCCCGGCACGAGCACCGCCAUGCCACACUGAGUCACCGCAGGGGAAACCAGGAGAGGAAGUGAAGCAGGGUUAACAAACUGAGGCAGAUAUCUGUCUCCACAUACACCACCUCAUUCUUUAAAAAAACAGAUGUUGAGGUUCAUCUUUCACAGGAUGAACAUUAGAGACAUUUUCCCUGAAAUGAAAGCGUGGCGUGUUAGAUGCAUGGACACUAAAUAUCACAUGGACUGUUAGUGUCUUAAAAUUGGUUUGAAUAGCUGAACACUGCAGCAGUUACUGUAGUGUUAUCUUUAUCAGCUCAACAUAUCUAUAAUUUCUCUCUAAUAGAACGAUUAAUAUCAGCAUUUAAAGAAACCUUUGUGAGGUUAUUAUGGGGCUAACUUACUUAGUUUCAGCUCUUAAAAAAACUAAAUAUGAGACGUUAAAGUCCAUGUAUGUCUCCUGUAUUAUACAGCUUGUAAUUCUAUAUGCAUAUUCUGUUUAGUCGUUUGCACUACAGAUAAUUCUUUGCAACCGAUUUAACAUCAGUGAGUCUAAGACGCGACUCGAGUUUCGACACUGAAGCCUGAUUUAAGAAAACACAGUGAAACUCGAGGAACUAACAGCUGGUGCAGCUGGAUCCUCUUCCCCUCGAAUACAAACGAGUUUAAUUCAUUCAUUCAUAAAUUGUUCCACUUUAUAACCUCGGGUUGAGUCACUUUCGGAGGACGACUGUGGCGCUUUAAUGACUUCAUGUGACUGAAUGUGUUUUACAGUCGUGAUCUGACAGUCAAACUGCAUCCAGCCACGUGAAUAAUAUCAUAUUUUUAUGAGACUAUUAAUGUUUUGAUUAAUGUUGAACAGGCUUCUUAUCAAUGAAUGGUGUUAGAUCGUUAUUAAUUAUACGUAAUGGGAGUGUGACGAUGUUAACUGUGUGUGUGUGUGUGAUUAUUGUAACGUGUGAUCAGUUUGAGUUUGAUGCAACAUAAAUCUAAAACUUGAUGUCCUGUGAAUCUUGUAAAUAAGUAAAGAUAAUUGUUUUGUAUCUCAGUGUUGAUUCACUUUUUAUUUUAAUUACAAGACAGCAAGUUUUCUAGUUACACCACUGGAUAUUUGUAAUGACACCUGGAGAACAUUUGUGUCAAACUUUGAUGUUUUCUCAAACUUGACCCAGUGUUUUUUGUUGUUGGUUUUUGUGCCUGAACCUAAACAGAACAUGAACAAACUGUUUGCAAAAGAGAAAAAUAAAAUCCAGCCUAAACAAAAGUAAA